AUGGGCUCAGGGAGCAGGAUUAAGUUUGCUGUUUGUGAGGUGCUGCAGUUUGCCAGUUUUUGUGUCCCGCUUUUUAUCAUAAUGCAACGUUUUGCCCUUAUUGUGGCUAGAGUAAAAAGUCAAUUGCAACCAACUGGUGGAAAUUCUACAACAGCGUAUUGGCUAAUUGUGGCUUCAUCUGUGGCUUAUGUAACAUCAGUGGCAAUGCUGAUUUGGUUACCUAUGAAAUAUAUGGUGUUCAUGAAGAAGGCAGCACUGGUUGCUCGGAAGAAAUGGAGACCUGUUGCUUUGGCCUUUGUGCUGCUCUCAACACUGCCCUGUUUUGCCUUCCUUAUAGCCAGCUCUGAGGUACAGAUUAGACAUAAUCUGAGGUUGGACACUUUUGCUGAACUGCCAGUAUCAUUGGUUCUAUUUUCCCUGAUCUGCAUUGAUAUAGUGGAAAGAAUCCGACAUUGCAGACUUACUGGUCAAGCAAACGAACUGGCUCGGGAUGCAGACAUUCCUACUACCUUGACACAUGUUGGAAGAAUUACUCCUAUUGUCACUCCUAUAACCGGUCCUUUUCCUUCACCAUCUACUGGUAGUGCUGGCACAGAGCAUGCAGGAGCAGCAAACACGAUUGUGCGAGGAUUGCCCGGCAAUACUACUGUUUCAGGCAUACCUGGAAAUGGGACACUGCUGGGUCUCUCAAGCAACACAACAGUUCCGGGAUUGCCAAACAAUGGGGCAGUUCCAGGUCAUCUUGGCAACACAACAGUUCCAGGGCUGCCCGGGAAUGGUGUUCUUCCAAGAGUGCCAGGCAACCACGGACAGCAACUUGGCAUUACGGGAAUUUGUCCACAUUCUGGAAUACCCUUCCAAAACAUUACCUCUUCAUAUUCUGGACCACUUAGUUUCCUGCUGGCUAGCGACACUCGUGCUGAAGUCUUUGCAGACAGUUUCCUGUUUUGGCUGGACACAGUAGAGAUGGUUCGGGUUGCAGGUCACACUCCUGUAUAUUUUUCAGGCUGGGCAUUACCAGUUUACCUUUUCUGCUUUCUCUCCACAAUGCGAUUGGCCCUAACACCUCACAGUCCCCUCCUCUCACCUCUAGGUGUGGUCUUUCAGGACCUCCCCUUCCUAGUCUUGAGGAUGGCAUUGAUUGGCAUUUUUGGAUUUGUAACACCACUACUUUAUGUGAUGAAGAAUCUUCUGGUCUGUCUGGCCUACAUUUAUUUCAACUUCAUGACAAAACUCAGAGUUUUCAACACUGAGAGGAUGUUCUAA